AUGAGCUGGAUGAUGAAGGUCUUGGUUCUGCCACUGGUGCUGCUGUGCUUGUGGCAGCUACAAGAAGGAGCACAAGCCUGCAGAUGCGCUCCGAAGCACCCGCAAGAACAUUUUUGCCGAUCGGACGUCGUCAUCAGGGCUAAGGUUGGUCGAGUGACAGUCGAUAAUGUGAGCAGACGUCUCAAGUAUGACAUUCAACUAACGGAGACUUUAAAGGGCCCUAAACUGCUUUUUCACGCCAUCUACACACCAAAUAGCCUUGCAGCAUGUGGAGUCCUUCUGAACGAAGACCGUGGCACUGAGUAUCUUUUUAUGGCCACACUUGAUCAUGAUGGCACACUCCACAUCUCCUCGUGUGACUUCCUUGAGCCAUGGGAGGCCUUGAGUGCCACGCAAAAGAACUUGUUGCAACAUUACCAAAUGGGCUGUGACUGCAAGAUCAAGAGAUGCUACUCCUUCCCGUGCGGCUCGAGCGGCCCAAAACAGUGCUGGUGGGUAGAUUUUCUUCUGGUGCGGGAAACCCAUGGCGAGCAGGCCCAAAACUUCGCUUGCAUCAAGGGAAAAAACGUCAUCACUGCAAAGGUUCUCAAUAAGGAAGUUGACAACAACCUGAUAGGUGAUGAAUUCAACCAACCUGUCAAGUAUGAAAUCAAAGUGACCAAGAUCUUUAAAGGUCCUAGAACCCACAUUCAUGCCAUCUCCACUGUAUCCAGUGCUUUAUUUUGUGGUGUCAAUCUCAUCGAGGACAAGGAAUAUCUAAUCAUGACGAGACCGCCUCUGGAUGGCACGCUGCACAUCAACUUGUGCGAAUUCUCCCAGUCGUGGGAGACCUUGAGCAAAACGCAAAAGAACCUGCUACAGCAUUAUGGAAGAGGCUGUGAUUGCAAGAUCACACCCUGCUACUCCCUCCCGUGCGGCUUUGGCUCCUCACAAUGCUGGUGGACAGACUUUAUAACUCCGACGUCCAGCUACAACCAGACCCGAAAUUACGCUUGCGUCAAGCAAAUUGACGGUUCUUGUGCGUGGCAACCGGGGUAUCCAUGA